AACCACGCGCCGGUCCCUUUCAUUGUUGUGGUCGUGAUCUUCUCUCCGUUGAUCUGCAUACAUAUAUACGCCGCGCGCCCUGCCACCGGCACCUCUCUCCCUCCGCAGUGCACCUCAGGCUCCCCUCUCGCCUCGUCUUUCCCAUAACACGCGUGCUCUGCCUCUGCCCUUGACGGGCAGGAAGUACAUCGCGCGCCAAUCCGCAUCGUCUCCUGUCGCUGGACGUUCCCUCUCAAGCACCCCGCCAUGCCCGCGCCCGUGCAGUCGUUCGAUAUUCUGCUUGAUGUCGUGAACGAUACGCAAGACAAUGUGACCGUCCAGCUCGAGCGCGACUACGGCGUGUCUGGCUCUGCCGUAGCCCUCGUCCGCCCCGCCGAAUCGCUCUCCCUCGUCCUCGAAUCCGGGUCCGUGUACCGCUAUGCGCUGAAGACGCAAACGCGCGUCGCGAAUGUCACUGCUCGAGGGUGGAGGGACAUGCGCCUCGCGGUGUCCAGCGUAUUUGCAAGCGUACUGCCGGAGAACAGAGCAACGCCCUCGCCGCCGUCCAACGGCGUGGUAGUGACACGUCUAUGGCGAGACUACCGCUGCUCCGUGUACAACGCGCGCAUAGGCGGCACCAGUGCGCCAUAGCCACAGGUCGGUGUCGCGCUCCCCUGCAGCGUGCGCAAGCUGACGUCGUCCUCCCAGACGCCCCUGCAUAUUGCAUUGUCACGUCCUUCCCCAGGCCCACGUAAAUGCCUCCAUUCCACGGACUUACUACUGAGCAUAUCACUGUAAACAAGCCUGCCGCACCAUAUGUUGUGGCGUUAAUUACCGGGCGGUCAGCUACUUCUUGUCGGACCCUUGCUUGAUUUUGGGGGGCAUUAUGGGCGGAUCGCGGGCGACGGCGGCGGGGGUUGUCUGUCUCCGGAGGUUGUUGCGGCAUUAGUAGGCACGACGUUGCAAGUCAGUGCCCGCUACGCUGGUGACC